CAAGCACGGUGAGUAAUGGCUUCUCCUAUCAUUGUUUCUUGCACCUCUUGCCACAUGUAUAGUUUAUCUAUCUCUGUCGCUGAUGAGGGAUUCACAUGUGAUAAAUGCAGGGAAAUAGUUAGGCUGACAGAGAAGAUUUCAGAAUUAGAGACACGCAUCCAAACUUUAAUUGAGGGCAGUAAGAAUGUUAGGGCUCUAGAUACGGCUUUGGAUGCGUCUAGCUCAGGGAUUCCUGUACAUUGUUCGGUUCCGGAAACAGAGCCCUUGCAGCAGGGCAACUGGGUGACGGUGAGGCAGCGUAGUCGUGGGUCAAAACACCGCGCUUCUGUUCCGAUCAAAACAUUAAACAGGUUCUCCCCACUCAGUGAUGCACCCACUGAGAAACCUGAUGAAAGUGCUCUAGUUAUUGGUGAUUCUAUUGUACGGAACGUGAAUAUAGAGACACCAGCCACCAUAGUCAAAUGUUUACCGGGAGCCAGAGCGCCUGACAUCUUGGCAAAUUUAAAAGUGCUGGCUAAUGCUAAACGUAAAUACAGUAAGAUUGUUAUUCAUGCCGGCGCUAAUGAUGUUCGACUUCGCCAGUCGGAGAUCACUAAAAAUAACAUUAAAGAGGUGUGUGAACUUGCAAGCACGAUGUCAGACACUGUAAUAUGCUCUGGUCCCCUCCCUGCUUACCGUGGUGAUGAGAUGCAUAGCAGAUUGUCAUCACUCAAUGGCUGGAUGUCUAAGUGGUGCCCACAGAAUAACAUAGGUUUCAUAGACAAUUGGACGAGCUUUUGGGGCAGACCUGACCUGCUUAAAAGGGAUGGUCUUCAUCCCUCCUGGGGUGGCGCCACUCUUCUCUCUAGAAAUUUGGCAAAUCUUGGCUUAUUGAAUAUCAGAUCCCUUUCUACGAAAACACUUUUUGUAAAUAAUAUGAUCACUGAUCAUAAUAUAGAUGUACUCUGUUUGACAGAAACCUGGCUAAAACCUGAUGAUUACAUUAUUUUAAAUGAGUCCACCCCCCAAGAUUACUGUUAUAAACAUGAGCCGCGUCUAAAAGGCAAAGGUGGAGGUGUUGCUUCAAUAUAUAACAACGUUUUCAGGAUCUCUCAGAGAGCAGGCUUCAAGUAUAACUCAUUUGAAGUAAUGGUGCUUCAUAUAACAUUAUCCAGAGAAACAAAUGUUAAUGAUAAAUCCUCUGUUAUGUUUGUACUGGCUACUGUAUACAGGCCACCAGGGCACCAUACAGACUUUAUUAAAGAGUUUGGUGAUUUUACAUCCGAGUUAGUUCUGGCUGCAGAUAAAGUCUUAAUAGUUGGUGAUUUUAAUAUCCAUGUUGAUAAUGAAAAAGAUGCAUUGGGAUCAGCAUUUAUAGACAUUCUGAACUCUAUUGGUGUUAGACAACACGUUUCAGGACCUACUCAUUGUCGAAAUCAUACUCUAGAUUUAAUACUGUCACAUGGAAUUGAUAAUACAGUUGCUCCUUUACGCUUAAGGAAGGUUAAGGAAAACAGUUUGACACCAUGGUAUAAUGAGCAUACUCGCACCCUAAAGAGAGCAGCCCGAAAAAUGGAGCGCAGCUGGAGGAAAACAAAACUAGAGGUAUUUCGUAUUGCUUGGCGGGAAAGUAACAUAUCCUACAGAAAAGCAUUAAAAGCUGCUAGAUCUGAUUACUUUUCUUCUCUUUUAGAAGAAAACAAACAUAACCCCAGGUAUUUAUUCAAUACAGUGGCUAAAUUAACGAAAAAUAAAGCCUCAACAAGUGUUGACAUUUCCCAACAUCACAGCAGUAAUGACUUUAUGAACUACUUUACUUCUAAAAUCGAUACUAUUAGAGAUAAAAUUGCAACCAUUCAGCCGUCAGCUACAGUAUCACAUCAGACAGUGCACUAUAGACCCCCUGAGGAACAGUUCCACUCAUUCUCUACUAUAGGCGAGGAAGAAUUGUAUAAACUUGUUAAAUCAUCUAAACCAACAACAUGUAUGUUAGACCCUAUACCAUCUAAGCUCCUAAAAGAGGUGCUUCCAGAAGUCAUAGAUCCUCUUCUGACUAUUAUUAAUUCCUCAUUGUCAUUAGGAUAUGUCCCCAAAACCUUCAAACUGGCUGUUAUUAAGCCUCUCAUCAAAAAACCACAGCUUGACCCCAAAGAACUAGUUAAUUAUAGACCAAUCUCGAAUCUCCCUUUUCUGUCCAAGAUACUGGAAAAGGUGGUAUCCUCACAAUUAUAUUCCUUCUUAGAGAAAAAUGGUAUAUGUGAGGAUUUCCAGUCAGGAUUUAGACCGUAUCAUAGUACUGAGACUGCUCUCCUUAGAGUUACAAAUGAUCUGCUCUUAUCAUCUGAUCGUGGGUGUAUCUCUCUAUUAGUUUUAUUGGAUCUUAGUGCUGCGUUUGACACAAUUGACCACAACAUUCUUUUGCAUAGACUUGAACACUUUGUUGGCAUUAAUGGAAGUGCAUUAGCAUGGUUUAAAUCGUACUUAUAUGACCGCCAUCAGUUCGUAGCAGUGAAUGAAGAUGUAUCCUAUCGAUCACAAGUGCAGUAUGGAGUACCUCAAGGCUCAGUACUAGGGCCGCUACUCUUCACACUUUAUAUGUUACCCUUGGGAGAUAUCAUCAGGAAACAUGGUGUUAGCUUUCACUGUUAUGCUGAUGAUACUCAACUCUAUAUUUCUUCGCAGCCCGGUGAAACACACCAAUUUGAAAAACUAAUGGAUUGCAUAGUCGAUAUAAAAAACUGGAUGACGAGUAAUUUCUUACUGCUAAAUUCUGAAAAAACAGAGGUGUUAAUUAUAGGACCUAAAAACUCCGCUUGUAAUAACCUAGAACACUGUCUAAGACUUGAUGGUUGCUCUGUCAAUUCUUCGUCAUCAGUUAGGAACCUAGGUGUGCUAUUUGAUCGCAAUCUUUCCUUAGAAAGCCACGUUUCUAGCAUUUGUAAAACUGCAUUUUUCCAACUCAAAAAUAUAUCUAAAUUACGGCCUAUGCUCUCAAUGUCAAAUGCAGAAAUGUUAAUCCAUGCUUUUAUGACCUCAAGGUUAGAUUAUUGUAAUGCUUUAUUGGGUGGUUGUUCUGCACGCUUAGUAAACAAACUACAGCUAGUCCAAAAUGCAGCAGCAAGAGUUCUUACUAGAACCAGGAAGUAUGACCAUAUUAGCCCGGUCCUGUCAACACUGCACUGGCUCCCUAUCAAGCAUCGUAUAGAUUUUAAAAUAUUGCUUAUUACCUAUAAAGCCCUGAAUGGUUUAGCACCUCAGUAUUUGAAUGAGCUCCUUUUACAUUAUAAUCCUCUACAUCCGCUACGUUCUCAAAACUCAGGCAAUUUGAUAAUACCUAGAAUUUCAAAAUCAACUGCGGGCGGCAGAUCCUUUUCCUAUUUGGCGCCUAAACUCUGGAAUAACCUACCUAACAUUGUUCGGGAGGCAGACACACUCUUGCAGUUUAAAUCUAGAUUAAAGACC